CAACAUCCUGCGUCUCUACAACUAUUUUUAUGAUCGGAGGAGGAUCUACUUGAUUCUGGAGUAUGCGCCCAGGGGAGAGCUCUACAAGGAGCUGCAGAAAAGCCAUACUUUUGAUGAGCAACGAACAGCCACGGUCAGGGAGGAUCAUGGAGGAGUUGGCAGAUGCUCUGAUGUACUGUCAUGGGAAGAAAGUGAUUCACAGAGAUAUAAAGCCAGAGAAUCUGCUCUUAGGGCUCAAGGGAGAGCUGAAGAUUGCUGACUUUGGCUGGUCUGUGCAUGCCCCCUCCCUNAGGAGGAAGACAAUGUGUGGCACCCUAGACUACCUGCCCCCAGAGAUGAUUGAGGGGCGCAUGCACAAUGAAAAGGUGGAUCUGUGGUGCAUUGGAGUACUCUGCUACGAGCUGCUGGUGGGGAACCCACCCUUCGAGAGUGCAUCACACAAUGAGACCUACCGGCGCAUCGUGAAGGUGGACCUGAAGUUUCCCCCUUCUGUGCCUACAGGAGCUCAGGACCUCAUCUCCAAGCUACUCAAGCAUAACCCCUCAGAACGGCUGCCCCUGGCUCAGGUCUCAGCCCACCCUUGGGUCCGGGCCCACUCUCGGAGGGUACUACCUCCCUCUGCCCUUCAGUCUGUCCCGUGAUGGUCCCUGUCUUUCACUAGUUCUUAUCUGUGUUUGUACAUCUAUGAAUGUGUAGGGGAAGGAGGGGCAGCAUGGCCCGGCCUGUCCCUUUGUCUGUCUUCUACCUCCUUUUCGUUUAAUAAAGGCUGGUGCUUUUUGUA